UGUGUUUGAACUUUUCAAAAUUCAGGUACCUAAAUUUGAGGUAGCUCGAUUUUAUCCAAUUCAUGUAUUAAAGAAGAAACAGGGGUAAUUAGAAUGGUGGGGGAAGAGACACAAAACAGUUGUGUCUGUUUUAAUCGUCGUUUCGGUUUUAUCUUUAGGAUUAGGUUGUACAGUUUUUCUAGAAUUAGAAAGGGACGAGGAUCGAUGCGAUACGAUUAUGAAAGAAAUUGCUUCCGAAGACAGAGCAACUGUAACGGAUGACACGCCAUCUAGGUUACAUUCAACAUGGUUAUCAGAGGAAUGCGAAGUACGUGCCGGGCCUGGAUAUAUCGUAAGGAAAUAUAGCUUUUUCGCGAACGGCACGUUCCUUUUGUUACGAUACUAUUACGCCGAAGAGUCGUGCAGUAUUGCAACGUACACUGUCGUGGCGCGUGGUUCUAUCGAAAUCUCAUCGGCGUCCAUCGCGGUUCCUGGCGCUACGGAAGCUAACGUUCAGUUGGAUUCUAUUCGUUUGAUACCAUUUGACAGACAGGUCGUUCACAAGUUUGAACGCAAACUAAACGCUAGUUGCGGCGGAAUCGAAACGAAAUGGCGCACGUAUACGACGCAACUUAUCUACGAACGACCGCCGACGAAUAUUUUGUCGAACGCGAGCCUACACGAUCUCGGUUUGAACUCGAAUUCUUUUCAAAGUCGUUUGCCACGACCGAGAAACCGAGGCACGUUGGAGUGUCUAAACUUCCUCGGCAUCGAAUUCACUGAACUUGAAUUGCUGCGAGUCGAGAGGAGACGAUUCGAUCCUCCGACGAACACUGUUGGACCGUUGAAUCGCGAUCCAGCCGACGCAGACAGGACGCGAACACGUGUCGAGCUGUUGUUAGGCACGUUUGGUCGUAGUGGACGCUCUGGAAAAUUGGCAACAGGGUCACGGAGACCGGAUCGGUUACAAUCCGCAGCGUUGCUACGCGCUGAUACGGCUUUCGGCUGCCUGAUCUGCGGGAGCGUGUUACGCGCUACCGAACUGAGCCCACCUCUGUUUCAUCAAGCACCACCUCUUCCGGCGGUGAUCGAUGGCCUCUGGCUGAGCGUCAGGUGCGAAAGCGUCGAUCAAGGUUUCUGGUCCAGAAGAUUCUUUCGAACUUAUUCCGGUGGUAACCGAUGGUCCGCGCGCUGGACUUACUACGCCGACUCUGCGUGCUCGAUUCCCUUAUACACGAUCAUCGUAGCAGGUACUUACGUUCAACGCCCGGCCAGACGAGAACGAGAUACGUUCGAACGCGAGGACGUUCGAUUCGAAAGGGUUCAAAAGUCUCUGAUCCCCAAAUCGAACGUUUAUCGCCGCGUCACGCGAGACAGCAAGGAACCAACGAUAGGAUCGGUUGCUCGAUUGGGAUCUACCGAUCGAAUCACCCUAUCCUUGGCCCGAAAACACGCGACGCUACUUUCUGGAAUGACACUGCUAGAAUUACGGGUCACCGAGAGUCGAUCGAUUCCUGUCGAUACGACAGUGUCGAUUCGUUGUUUAGCAGCUACGAAAAGAAGCAGGCGCGCAACAGGAAACUCGUGGCCUAAGAAUUGCGCGCUUCGAACGGUCGAGGCUCCCGCGGUGUUGACGUUCAAGGCGAGGGUGGGCCUCGAUUGGAAUGGAAAUUACAUUUUGCUGUUAGCGUCGUGGAAAGAUGAUUUCUGGGAGGCCCCUCUUCGUCGAUGCUCUGAAACAAUUUCCCAGAAUUAUUUUCAAACGAACACCGGUACACGACGUUCCGAAUCUCUGCAAGGGUUACAGUUCUCCUCUCAAACAUACGAACGCCGCGGUCGAUAUUGGUUUUCCUCUUCGGCUGCCUCUUGCCUGUUGGAAAGUAGUUCUUCGUUACUACGUCCGACGAUGUUACUUUUGCUGUUAUGGUUACACUAUGAACAAGUUACGUGUAACUGCACUCUAUAUGAAAUAAAAAUUAGGUCCAUAGAACUGGACGAUGCAUAUAAACUGUUACAAGCUGUUUUCUGA